AUAAAAUAAUACCCGCCAAGAUGUCUCUAACGGUAAAGAUUUUGCAGUUUCAGCUGCCGAAAGCUAAAUCAAAUUUAAUAGCACGCGUCGAGUUUCGAGGUGUUUCCCAUAUAACAUCGGAGCUCAAUGCGGAUUCUCCCAUUGUUGAAGUUAAUCAGUCUUUUAUUUGGCCGCUGGCACGGCCGGCCACCGAUGAAGAGCCACUCAUCGUUGAGUUGCGCACACAAACCACAAAGACUUUGCUACGCACUGGACUCAGUCAUGCCUCGGGCGGUUUGGUGGGUGGAAGAGGUAGCGGCAGCAGCGGUGGAAGUAUGAGUGGCAUCAUCAGUAGUAGCAGCAAAUGUGUUGGUCAAUACAUUGUUUUGAUGCAAGGUCUUAUCAGCAGUGGUUACAUACACAUUGAAGACCAAAUGGUGGAUAUAUCAUCAAAUAAGCCAAUACAGGCACUUGUUGUAUUCGAAGCGAGAUACACAUCGCCUGACAAUGCUGCUGGCAACUUUGAGCCGACCAAUCUGGUGCGACCCAUACAGGAGCAGCACAAUAUUAGCUGCAGCAGCCACAGUUUGGACGAUGAUCAACAGAUGCUUCUUGACAUCGAGCAGAACAUAGCUAAUCUGGAGCGCAGUUUGAAUCGAGAAUCGAAUGUGCAUGCCACUACCGGCGCUGGCAAUGCCUCCAGCGGCAGUGAGUCGCAUGGCACACAAAAGAAAAGGCAUUUGCUACGACGUGUUAUGACUGCCGCCCAACACAGCACAACAAGCGUCUCGUCAAGCCGUCAAAGAAUCGAAUUGAAAUUUGAUAAAUUUGGCAAAUCACCCACGACAGGGCGCAGCGGCAGCGUGACCACCCUAUUAACUACCACAAACAACGCAAACACUAAUGGUGAUGCCAUCACCACUACCACCGAAGCGGCGGGUAGUGCUCUAGCCGCUGCCAUGCGACCAACAGAUAGCCCACAGCCUAAGGAGAAGAAGCUUUCUAUGCGUACUGUGCGUAAUAUAAUGCGUCUGGGUCGUGGUAGACAAACGUCGCAGUCGCGUGAUAGCAGCACCGAGGAUGAAGGCAGAUCGCCGUUGAUUUUUGAGCCUGACGCCGCACUGACCACAGCCACUUCGGCUACCGAGGCUGAAACAGACGAUGCGCCGCACACACGCAGGCAAAUCGUCGAUGGCAGAUGCGGAGGGGGUAUGCUGCUUAACGUAGCGGGUGCUGACAGUGGCCAAUCGAAUCAGUCAAGCGAUAUGGAGGAGCAACAACAACAACAACACUAUGACAAGGGCAAAAUGAUAAAAUCAAUGACGCGCGCUUCAGACCACUUAAAGUCGCAGGACUUUCAGGUUUGCAUCACAGUCAUUGAAGCACGCCAACUACCAGGUCUCAAUAUGGAUCCAGUGGUAUGCAUUCAAGUGGGCGAUCAAAAGAAAUAUACAAGCGUUAAGGAGAGCACCAAUUGUCCUUACUACAAUGAGUAUUUUGUUUUUGACUUUCACAUGCCGCCGGUGAUGCUUUUUGAUAAAAUUAUAACUUUGUCGGUUAUACAAGCACGGAAAUUUUUGCGUUCCGGUACACUCGUGGGUUCCUUCAAGAUUGACUUAUCUACGGUCUACGAUGCACCGGAUCAUCAAUUUUACCAUAAAUGGGCAUUACUCACCGAUCCAGAUGAUUUCUAUAGCGGACCGAAGGGUUAUUUGAAAUGUGAUAUUGGCAUUAUUGGUAAAGGUGAUACCGUGAAGGUGCCUCAAAAAUCCGAAAAGGAUCCUGACGACAUCGAAGCUAAUUUACUGCUACCUGUUGGCGUACCGAUCGAGCGUCAACGUGCAAAGUUUAUUGUGAAGGUAUAUAGAGCCGAUGGUUUACCCCGAAUGAAUUCUUCGCUAAUGGCUAAUGUGAAAAAAGCAUUUACGGGUGAGUCGAAAGAUUUGGUGAGCCCCUACGUACAGGUCUCCUUCGCAGGUCUAAUGGGUAAGACCACAGUUAAGAAGAACGCGUACGCUCCGGUUUGGAAUGAACAAUUGGUAUUUACGGAAAUGUUUCCACCGUUGUGCCAGCGUAUUAAGAUUCAAUUACGCGACGCGGACCCCAUGAAACCCGCAAUUAUAGGUACAUAUUACAUUGAUCUAAAACAAAUCUCAAAUGAUGGCGAUCGAGGUUUCCUGCCAACUUUCGGGCCAUCGUUUAUACAUCUUUAUGGUUCUACGCGUGACUACACGCUGCUCGAUCAACACUCGAAUCUAAAUACUGGCUUGGGCGAAGGCGUUAGCUAUCGCGCCCGUCUCUUACUCGCUAUACGCACUGAAAUUACCGACAACAUAGAAAUCGCUACAGAGAAAAAUGUUGAACUUGAGCCAGCAUAUCCGAUUUCGGAGUCCUCAUACUCACGUAAUGAGGAAUUUUUUCUCUUCGGUUCUAUAAUUGAAGCAUCAAUGUUGGAUAAGAAAGUCAGUGAUAAGACGGUGUUUUUUGAGCUUAGUAUGGGCAAUGCAGGUAAUUCACUGGACGGGCAUAAUGAGAGUUUCUCAACUGCUACGGAGGACGGAGAGGAUGGCUGUGUGCUGGAAACGGUGGAUACAACUUCGUUUAGUAGCGUCACCAACGCAUGUAAGCCAAUCAGUCAUGAUAAAUCACAUUACUAUCUGCCCUACUGGGACUAUAAGCCAUGCAUGGACGUGAGGUGCACGUUACCGGACUUAAGACGACGCAUGUACAACAGUAAUAUGUUAGCAAAAAUGUCGGAGAAAUUGGAGGAGGGCUUGUCAAAAACCAGCAAACUGAUUGAAGAGGAAGACGUCAAGGCAGAAGUACGUCUACGCUCCACACUUGAAGAUCUUGCAUCAGCAUGCACGCGGUAUUUAAGCAUAACUAAAGCCAAUGCCCUUGGACCGGGUAGCGGUAAAACGAAAUUGGACAAAGAACGUAUAAAACUCUGCCAAAGUGAAAUUGAAACUCUGGGUAACUUAGCUCGUAAUCUCCGAGCGCUGGUUACGCGUAGCUCUCUUAAAGAGCGUUUCAAAACUGCACAGACGUUUCAGCAAAAACUCAAAUUUCUUAUUGAUGAUCCGCAACACUCUCUGCCGGAUAUUUUCAUUUGGCUCAUCGCUAAUGGUAAACGUUAUGCGUAUCAUCGCAUGUCCGCACGUGAGUUGAUUUACUCCAAUAUUGAAGAGGAGUGUGGUGUGCAUUGCGCGAAGACCCAGACCAUAUUCUUGAGGCUACCGGGAAACCAGGCGAUAGGCCCAGCAAGUUGGUUCAUACAGGCCAAACUUUCUAUUUACUUGUGGUUGGGAGUUGUGGGGCACAAGGGACAUUUUUUCGACGGUUUACCAAUCGGCUAUGAUCUCUCGCAUGAGCUACGGAAUGCUGAGAGGCCUGGCGCCAUGGCGCCAAACAAUAUACAUUAUCUUGAGAAAUCUACUUUUCAAUUGCGUGCACACAUUUAUCAAGCUCGCUCGCUAAUUGGUUCUGAUGCGUCGGGUCUCAGCGACCCCUAUGCCACUGUUUACAUUACUGAAUUCGCUAAAACCACUCAAGUGAUCGAGGAGACCUUGAGUCCAACAUGGGAUGAGUUACUGGUGUUUGAUGAAAUUUUAGUUUUUGGCACGAAAGAUGAGAUAAAAAAAGAUCCACCCACUAUUAUAAUUGAAAUAUACGAUCAAGAUAAAGUUGGCAAAUCGGAAUUCAUUGGCCGUGCCAUCGCGAAACCACGUGUGAAACUACGGGAGAACGCCUAUACGACACCAACUCUGGAAUGGUUUGAUAUUGUACGUGGGCAUGAGAAUGCCGGUGAAUUGUUGGCCGCAUUUGAAAUGCUUGAAAUCGGCUCCUCCGAUAUACCACGACUGACGGAACCUAAACAACUACCGAUUAGCCAAUUGGAAAAGGCCAAAGAUAAAAAUGUACCUCCACCACCGGGCACAAUUCUGCCAGUGCCAAAAGAAGUCCGCCCGCAUUUGGCGAAAUUCAAACUGGAAGUACUAUUUUGGGGCUUGCGCGAUUUGAAGCGUGUGCACUUGAUGUCUGUCGAUAAGCCACGUAUCGAUGUUGAAUGUUCGGGCAAGAUAUUGAGCUCAAAUAUUAUACAAAAUGCAAAAAAGAAUCCGAAUUUCCCCAGCAUGCUGAAAUCUAUAGAAUUGGAGUUACCUUUAGAGGAAACUUAUGCACCGCCAAUAACUAUACGUUGCGUUGACUGUCGGUCAUUUGGCCGAUAUACUUUGGUGGGCACUCAUCAAAUCACCUCCAUACACCGAUAUAUCUAUAAACCGCCUCCGAAGGAGGACAUAACCAAGUACAAAACUAUGGGCGGACAGAUUAUUCUCUCCGCACCACUGAAUGAAGAGGGACUGAGUAAUCUCGUGGAUGGAUUCAACAUGCAAGCUCUGAUUGCAGCAAACGCACAGCAAGCAAACAUGAAAGACUUCUAUGGAAAUCGUCGUUCGUCUUGUGAUCAGUUUACACUCUACGGUGCAGCAUGCGUCACGAAGCUCGCCAAGAAGCAAACGUCAAAGAAAAGAUCGGCUCAAAUGAACAAUAUUAAUGACAUAAUGAUCGAACAGGAUCACGACGAUGAGUUAAGUCGGGAUUGGUGGACAAAGUAUUUUUACUCUUACGAGCGACUAAUUGAUUUAACGAAAACAGAGAAAACGCAAACCUCCGAAAAAUUUCUCACCCCGCCGCCAAAUUCUACAACUACAAAUGUGCAAAAAUUCGGCUUAAAGGGAGCCAAGUUAGUGCAAAAAUUGAGUCCGAAAGGAAUGAGCGGAAUUGCACGUGGAAAGCAGGAACCCAACAGCGAAAAGGUAUCACCUAACCAACUAACCAAUAAGAACAAUAUGAAUUCAACGGCGGUGUGUCAGAUCUAUCCCAACGAACUUGAGUCCCAAACGGAGUAUAAUUACUUCCGAGAGUGGCUGCAUUCCUUUCCACUUUAUCGAGGGAAGAAAACCGGUGAUUCCGCCGAAGACGAUAAUCGCACCGUUGGCUUCUUUAAAGGAGCCAUCAAAGUUUACAAAUUACCACCACCAAAAGGCACUGAAUUGCCUAUACAUAACCUACCCGCUAACGAUCCACUCCACGUACUGGUACGUAUCUAUAUAAUUAAAGGUACGGACUUGCAUCCGAUGGACUUGAAUGGCAAAGCGGAUCCAUAUGUUGUGCUACAAUUGGGUAACAAGAGAAUAUCGGAUAAGGAGAAUUACGUUAGCAAACAACUAAAUCCGAUAUUCGGUAAAUGUUUCGAGGUGGAAGCGACCUUCCCACAGGAUUCUAUGCUGACCGUUCAAAUACUAGAUUGGGAUUUGGUGGGUUCUGAUGAUUUGAUUGGUGAAACGCGAAUUGAUUUGGAGAAUCGCUAUUACAGCAAACAUCGAGCAACCUGUGGAAUUUCUCUGAGAUAUGAAGUUUGUGGCUACAAUCAGUGGCGUGAUCCAAUGAAACCUACGCAGAUUCUAUCUAAACUUUGUAAGGAAAACAAAUUAGAUACGCCACAUUAUUUUCAAGAUCGAGUAGCGAUCGGCAAAUACUGCAUGACCUUCUCAGAUGAAGAAGUAAUAGCAUGGAAUGGACCAACCACCUGCCGUAAUCGUGAUGAGCAUCUGGCGCUGGCCGUCUUGCAUAGAUGGAGUGAAAUACCCAAAGUGGGCUGCAGGAUUGUGCCCGAGCACAUUGAAUCGCGUCCACUGUACAACCCCGAAAAACCUGGCAUUGAACAGGGGAAAAUUGAAAUGUGGGUUGAUAUGUUCCCCAUGGAUAUGCCACUACCGGGCCCUCCAGUUGAUAUAUCACCUAGAAAACCGAAGGAGUAUGAGUUGCGUGUAGUUAUAUGGAACACCGAUGACGUAGUAUUAGAAGACGAUGCAUUCUUUACUGGCGAAAAGAUGUCUGAUAUCUAUGUUAAAGGUUGGCUGACGGGACCUCAAGAUAUGCAAUCGACAGACAUUCAUUAUCGCUCGCUUACCGGUGAGGGUAAUUUUAACUGGCGUUUCAUCUUUCCCUUUGAGUAUUUGGCGGCAGAGGAGCGUAUUGUGCUUUCCAGACGCGAAUCACUAUUCAGUUGGGAUGAGACAGAAGUAAAAAUACCAGCGCGUCUGGAAUUACAAGUGUGGGAUGCUGAUCAUUUCUCAGCGGAUGACUUUCUUGGCGCGAUUUCUUUCAAUCUGAAUCGUUUUCCACGUGGAGCGAAAACUUCAAAACUCUGCACAUUAAAUAUGCUCAAAUCAGAUACUAACUUGCCAACUGUUAAUAUUUUCAAACAAAAGCGGGUACGAGGUUGGUGGCCAUUUUAUGUGAAGAAGCAAAAUGAAGAAAUGGAGUUAACUGGCAAAGUGGAAGCUGAGUUUCAUUUAUUAACAAAAGAAGAAGCCGAACAAAAUCCGGCUGGAUAUGGACGUAGUGAACCCGAUCCACUAGAGAAACCAAACCGUCCGGAUGCCUCAUUCAUGUGGUUCCUAAACCCACUCAAAUCCAUACGCUACAUUGUCUGGCAUAACUACAAGUGGGCUAUACUGAAAGCGUUGCUUAUUUGUGCAAUCUGUUUCUUCUUCAUACUCUUCGUUUAUUCUGUUCCUGGAUAUUCGGUCAAACGAUUACUCGGUGCAUAAGCUCAGUAAAAUACAUAUUGAUGGAAGUCAUCAGAGACCAAAAAGUAUUUUAUUACAGACAUAUUACAUUAUAUUAAUUCUGUUCGUUGCUCACAUGGGCAGUAACAAUUUUUGCCAAACUUUACCAGAGCAUGUUCGUUGAGCCGAAAAUUGAAUUUUUAUCAACAAACUAAAAUUUAUUCAAAAUGAAAUUAAUAUUAACUAAGAACCCAAAUGUAAUUUUUUAAAACAAAUUUAAUACUAUCGACGAUUAAAUAGUUAAGGUACUCAUUAAAUGAGAAUAAUGUGGCAAUAGAGCAGAAUCAUCAUCGCCCGCAUAUCACCCAGCUUGCGUUGAUAAAUUAGAAGUUAGGAAGGUAUAGAAUUUAAAUAUAUUAUUAUUUUUUGUACAGCACAAGUUUAUUUUGGUAUUCUAGAAUGUACUAGAAGGCAGUGUCGACCGAAUGAGCUGCAAUACAUUACCGGUCACAAUGGCGAUAAAUGCAUUUUUAAGCUUCCGGAUGCGAUAACGAUGCUUAAAACGCAAUAUUACUGGCGCUUAGAAGGAAAAAUAAUUCCAAGCUCUAGUUUUCCAUCUUCUUCCUUUCAGAGAACUAUUAGAAAAAUCGCAUUGGUAUCUAUAUCGUUUUACGGCUACAAAACAUGUUUAACUUCUUAGUUGAGUUAAAGCGACUGCUGGUCAACCCCAGCACACUUAAGCCAAUAGACCCAUUGCGAUACCGCUGAGCCUCCUGCCUUCACCUCCUCAAGGCGGAUGUCAAGGCUGGGCAGUGGCAGAGGUAGUGCUCGAUAGCCUCCUCCUCUUCUUUGUCCCUACAGCCGCGGCAGAAGUCGUUAGAGUAAAAGCCCAUCCUAAUCCAGUGAAGCCCCAUUAAAUAGUGUCCAGUUAUUAAACCCAUCGCUAUGCUAAUGUAGAACUCAUUCAACUAUCGUGAGUCAGCUUUCCUGAUGAAGGCCAGUUUAAUCAUGUACUUAGCCGUGGACAGAUCAUAGAUAGAAAGUUUCCUUCCCUUGCUAGUUCGUCUGCCAUGCAAUUGCCUGGGAUGUUCCUAUGUACAGGUACCUAGCCCACGGAAGUAGUGUACUUCGUUGAGAGUUUGUUGAGAGUUUUUCUACAGUUUAUGGCCACAUUUUCUACAGAUCUGAUUGCAGCCUGACUGAAGGAGUAUAUUGUUACCGAUUGUCCUGCUGCCGAUGAUUUGAGCAACCAUUGUGCUGCCUCCAUGAUUGCGCAGAGUUCCGCCUGGAAAGCGCUGCAAUACUCAUGCUUACUGUAAGCACGGAAGAAUAAAUUCCGAAACCCACACUCCCACCGAGCUUUAAGCCAUCUGUGAAGACGGCUAUUGCUCCCUGGUCGGGGACAUUGGUGUUUUCUUAGACGCAUCUGUUUGGGAUUCUCGUGGAGAAGAAAUUAUCGAAGCAUACACUGGAGGUGGUGUAGUUCAGCUCCUUUGGCACUUCUUCUUAUUGCGUUGCAACCCGCUUGUAGUUUCUCGUAUGCGUCCAGAGGACCUAAUUUGCUCCUGAAGGUGAUUUUAUCGAGGACCGGCUACCAGACGGUGACCACGUAGAAUAAGAUUGGUCUAACUACCAAUGUGUAUAUCCAAUGCACGAUACUCGGUCUUAAGCCCCAUCUCUUUCCUAUCGCCGUUUUACAGGCGUAAAAUGUCAUUAUAGCUUUCCUUGAUCUUUCUGCCGUGUCCGGCUCAAAUUUAGUUUGUUAUCUGAGACUAUCCCAAGGUAUUUAACUUCGGGAGAAGGUAAUCUCCACGCCCCUUAGUUUGGGUGGUUUAAAGGCAUGCGGUUUGUACCUCCUAGUAAAUAGCACCAUCUCGAUUUUAUCAGGGUUCACGUCCAGCCUGCUAUCUCUGCAUCAUCUCUCAACUUUACAAACAGCAUUUUGGAAUAAAUCCCUUAAAGUUGGUAGGUGUUUGCCUGCCGCUGUAGUAGUUUCCUAAUCAGCGUGUUCGCUGUUAAGCACCACAGCAGUGGCAAUAAAACUUGAGGGGUGCCACUCGCUGUGUGUCUGGUGUCCAUCUCUGCGAAGAUGAUCCUAUUCCUCAGAAGCGACACUACGAGAUUCACUAUGGGUUGUUGAAGACCCAUUUCCUGAGAAGCCUCUAUUACGAAGGCAGGGAGAAUGUUAUUGAAAGCCCCCUCGAUAUCGUGGAAAAUGACUAGUGUAUACUUUUUCACGGCAAGUCCUUUAUCGAUGCUCUAACUUCGUAGUAGCUAAAAUACAAUUAAUAAAUAAAAAAUGCCAACUAAUUGCCAAUUUUAUUAACAGUUAAUAGCUCCGUUCGAUGAGAAGUGUCAGUAAGAAUUAAUCAAUAACGAAAUGUCAAAAUUGUGCUCUCUCGGUGUAAAUUUAAUUGGCUUUUUGUCUCAUCAAAUGCAAUUCGGUAAAAAAUGGCAAAAAUUGUUGCUGCCCAUCAGCUCACCGAACAGCACUGAUGUGAGGUCUGUUAUACUAGUCUUUAAAUUUAGUUUUACCCACAUUAUUACCUUUUUACAUACAUACUUACCUGGAUGAACUCAAUCCAUUACAAAUUGAAAUUAUCUAACAGUGUGUCUAAUGCAAAAGUGAUUAUGCGUGAAUGGUACGACGUACCUGAUUUUACUUGUAGUGCAAUCAUAUCAGUAAAAUUAGUUAGUGGAAAUUGUAGAAUAUCUUAUGAAAAAUGUGUCAGGACUAUGCAAGUAGUUGAACUAAAGUGCAAAAGGUUUGAAAAUAUUGUAUUAGCAGACAGAAAUAUAGCGAAUAUAUUUUAUGAAGCAGUAUGUGGGGGCUAAGUAAGAACAAAAAAACAAAAAAUUAAUAAAAAAGUAUUGAAAAUAAAAUAAUUACAGAUAUAGUUCAAACCGAAACUAUGUGAGUUGUAUUUACGAAUUUUACAGCAAAUUAGCUACAAUUUACCCUAAAACAAUCAUAUACAUGAAUGCAUACAUAUUUACAAUCAUACAAAUGUACGUACUACUUGCGAAUUGUGCUCUAUUUUACAAAUUGUAAGGCGUAUGAAUAACAAUUAAAAAUAGUACUUAAUGUUCUUGCUCUUAAAAAAACUUAAAUCAAAAAAAAGAAUUAA